AUGGCGGGUUCUCCCAUGCGCCCGCCAGAAGGCCGUGCUGCAGAGGAGAAGGAGCGAGAUGCUUCGGAACGUCGGCAACGACGUCUAAAGCGUCUCCGAGCUGAAAAGGACGAACUUCACUCAGCUCUGCGAGAGAGCAGACGGAGAGUACGACAGUUGGAGGCUGCACAGCUGCUUUUUUCCCUUCCGGAGGUGCCCCGUGCUGUGGAGUUAACCGACUUAUCGGACCUGUCUCCUGCCUCUGGGGAAGAGCUCUCGCGAAACCCAGAGUCCAAAGCUUCAGAGGAGGGUCCACCGCUUGUAGCACAGAAUCUGCUCCGAUGGCGUCAGCUGCGCCAGAUUCUGCAAAGUCAUCAGGAGACCUUGGAGCAUGAAGAGGCGAUGUGGCAGCAGGUAUUGCAGCAGCAAGAGGAGGAUGCAAAGCAGCUGAAGCUCCGCCUCGGUGAGGCUGAAGAAAUGCAGCACCAAACUGAGGCUCGAGUGCAGCAUUUAAUGGAUCUCAUGGUCGCACUGCUAUCACCUGGCUAUACCCAGGAGAGUCAGCAGGAGAUGGUGAAUUCCAGGUACCUUGCAAUGAUCGAGGAUUUGGAUAGCUACUGCAAAUCCAUGACAGAGCGGAUCAGCGGCUUUCAGAGUGCGUUGGAGGGUGAGCGUGGCGAAAAUUGCUGUCGCGCCCUCCAACUCUGUGAUCAGCAGCGGCGUACUACAAGGCUUCAUGAAACCCUCUGCAAGCUGCAGAGUGAGCUCUUUCGAACUCGUGCGGAUCCUCUCAGUGAGAGGGCCCGUGAGAAUCACAUACGGCCAGAGAUGGGCAUCGCACAAGAGGCGGAGACUAUGGAAAUGGCGGCAGUUGCUGAAGAGCCUGCACAAUUAGGUGUGGACGAGGCUUCGCAGCCAGCUGAAGUAACCGGCCUUGGUGAUGCCGAGGACUCGACGGAUGCUGUACCUAGUGACCCUAGUGACCGUGAUCAGCCAACCGGAGAUGCGCCAAGUCUGCCGCUGACGGUUCCGGCCACAGACGAUGAGGUGCUUGAGGUGCUGAGCCCCAAGCGCACCGUGACGCCACGGACCCCUACGCCUCGCGCACCUCGCGCACCUCGCGAGCAGAUGGAAAACCUGAUGCGAGAGAUCUUAGAGGAGCUGUGCUUCGAACACCUGGUGGUGCGCAACUCGCAGGGCUAUUCGUUUGGCACCUGCACCGGUAUUCAGCUGCAGCUGGAUGGUGGAGAGGUGGUGGCUUCCAAAGAUGGCUUGGUCUACGAGCCCUUUAAGGACUUCAUCCUAAAGCUGCAGGAGGACCAGAGGGCAAAUGCUCCAAAUGCUCCGACCAGCUACAAUGAGCUCAAUGGCCAUAGCACUGCGUCCAUGACAAAGGUGGAGAACGUGGAGACAGGAGACUCAAGCCGCAGUGGAAGGGAGCCCAAAGGACCGAAUGCUGGUGUCAAGAGGGCCAAGGGUGCUGAAUUUGUUGAGCUAAGUUUUGCCGAGUUGAUGCGAGCGACGGGCAAGGAAGAGGCAAGGGAACGCAUCAGGAAGACUCCGCUAACCUACAUCAAGGUGAUUGAAGCCACCUCUGCUGCUAGCAAGAUUCCCCACUGGCAACCGGCUCUGAAAUUCGUAGAGGCAAUGGAGGGGUCGACGCGCCCCACCAAAAAGAAGGAAAUGCCUGAAGCAAAGCUUGGUGUCAACAAUGUUGCAUACAAUGCCUUACUGAACAGAGCUGCUGAGCUUGCUCUGCGUUGGUGGCUGUCCACCACUGUGACAACGUUGGUCACCCGCUCAGAGAAGAAGUUGAUGUUUACCAUCAUCACAGGAUACGGCAAGUCCAGAGGAGCAGAGCAACGAGGAGAUGUUAGGGCGGCGGUCUUCGAGAUGAUGAAGAACUUUAAUCUCGAGCCACUUGAUUUGCAGAAUCGACCCCUUUCAUCCACGGCCACAGACAACGGCCAACCCGGGCACAUUUGUGUUGACCUUGGGCAGCUCGCCAAACUGGACAGUGCUGCAGUGCUGCAGUGCUUGAUUAGCCUGACAUUGGAUGCAUGGAAGGGAAUGCAUGGAAUGACAGAGCAUGAACAAGUUCGCGCAGAUGGCCGGGAGCAUCUAGCCUUGAACUUGAACUUGGACAUAGGUGCCUCAGCAGUGGAGGCUUCCGGAGCUUCGAGCAGACAAGACGUGGCCGGUGAAAGCCUUCCUAGCCAGCGGAGAAACGGUCAGGCGGUUGCCAAAGUGGUGCCGCGGAAGGAAAGUACGGUGAAGACACCUCGAGGCGAUUUAGCCCGGUCCAAAGUUGACAAGAAAGGCAAUGGGGCGAUGGGGCGAACUGGAGAGUUGUCGAAGGUGCUCACCUCGAUGCAACAACAUUGGCAGCACGCGCAGGAGGCGGCUCCCAAGCGUGUUCAACCUCCGAAGGCUUCACACCGUCAGUGGCCAGUGGACAGCUCUCCAGGAAUGCCUCUUCAACGGCCGGCAGCUGUAUUCUCCAAGGUACCAGUACAGCUGGUGGCGCUACUGCAGUGUCCGUCUAUGGUGCGUACACUGCGCCAGCAUCACCACUCAGGCGCUGAGCGUUUGCGACUGGAGUUUGGCGCAACCGGGCCUCCAUGGAAUUUGGAGGGCUUGAAUCCGGCCCUGACGCAGUCUUCCUGCAGUCACAGCGGUCUGAGAGCCGCCAUGCCGCAACGGACCGUGACUUCGGUUCUUCCGACCCGGUCUUUUGCACCUUUGCCACUCUAUCCACAGCAGGUACCACAGGCCUUCUUCUCGCCACGCGGAGUGCCUCCGGCACGGACUGCGCCAGUGCCGCGGCCUGUGCUUCAAGAAGGUUUGCAGACGGUGCCGUGUCAGGCGGCCAGCAUUCUGCGGCUGAGUCCCAGACAGGCCACUCCGAGACCGAUGCGGGAAAACACAGACGGCGCACUGCCAGUGAAUGCCUGGAACACGCCGCCAAAUGGAAGCACUCUUCAAAGGCCAUGGCCCAACCAAUCGUUGCCCAGCGGGCACAGCACGAGCUCGGCCUAUGGCGCCCAUGGAGUUCUGAGUCUCAACGGUCUCAACGGUCUCAACGGUCAGUUGGCGCAGACGGCAGUCACUGUCAAACAGAGAGCUGCUUCCAGCUCGCCGGUGAGACGCUUCGUCCAGCCGCCAGUGUUACAGUCACCGGUCAUUUUUGGAAGGUGA